AUGCGUGAUCACGUCCAACCCAUUCAUUAUAGUCAGGCUACUGUUAAAGAACUUACCAAACAAAUAGCAGUUGCUUCAUGUAUUGGUGCUUUUCAAGGUGGUUUGAUUAGCAUUACAACUGGCCUCUUACUGCGAAAGUUUUCUUCCAUAUAUAGAACCGUAAGAUUGCCGGUACGUGUAUUCUAUCAUUGUUCAUGGAUAUCCAUGGGCAUGGUGUUUAGGGCCGACAAACAAUUGAUAAUAUUUCAACAAAACUACUAUUCUCAAGAGCUUCAGAGAAGAGGUAAGUUAUUAGAUGAGGCCGCAGACAGGGGGAUAUUUCUAGAAGAAGAAGCAAUAACACGAAGUACUACUAAUACUGAUUAA